UGAGUUUUGACACUAAAGAAAGACAAUUAUGCAGGUGAACGUACAUUCCAAUGCGAGUGUUUCUGUUCUCUGUAGGUUGGGAAUCCACGUGUUGAACUCACCCUGUCAGAACUCCAAGAUAUGGCAGCUAGGCAGCAGCAACAAAUUGAAAAUCAGCAACAGAUGUUGGUUGCCAAGGAACAGCGUUUACAUUUUCUAAAGCAACAGGAGCGCCGUCAGCAGCAAUCUAUUUCUGAAAACGAAAAGCUUCAGAAAUUGAAAGAACGAGUUGAAGCCCAGGAAAACAAACUGAAGAAAAUCCGUGCCAUGAGAGGACAAGUUGACUACAGCAAAAUCAUGAAUGGCAACCUGUCUGCUGAAAUAGAGCGGUUCAGUGCCAUGUUCCAGGAGAAGAAGCAGGAAGUUCAGACUGCAAUUUUGAGAGUGGAUCAGCUGAGUCAGCAGUUGGAAGAUUUAAAGAAAGGAAAACUGAAUGGGUUCCAGUCUUACAAUGGCAAGUUGACAGGACCAGCAGCCGUGGAACUAAAAAGACUAUACCAAGAGCUACAGAUUCGUAACCAGCUUAACCAAGAACAAAAUUCAAAACUCCAGCAGCAGAAGGAACUCCUAAAUAAACGGAACAUGGAAGUGGCCAUGAUGGACAAGCGAAUCAGUGAGCUUCGUGAACGUCUUUAUGGAAAAAAAAUACAGCUGAACCGUGUGAAUGGCACGUCGUCACCACAGUCACCCCUGAGCACAUCUGGCAGGGUCGCUGCUGUGGGGCCUUACAUGCAGGUUCCUAGUGCCGGAAACUAUCCUGUCCCAGGAGACCCCAUAAAGCCCCAGUCUCUCACUAUUGCUUCAAAUGCCGCCCAUGGAAGAUCCAAAUCCGAUGGCCACAAUAUGCCCAGAGUGACCAGCUCCUGGACAGUGUCAGACCUCGACAUUGGGCCUGACUACGGCUCCUCGCAGCAUUCUGCAAGCCCAUGUGUAAACCCUAAUGAUGGAAACUGGCCAACAUUAAAACAGAAUUCUAGCUCUUCAGUGAAACCAACACAGAUGGCCAGUGCAGACUGGAAGGACCCGAGUGUGGAGGGAGCUCUCAGGCAAGGCACCAUCUCAAGCCAACCUUUGCCCUUCUCAGCAUUAGGAGCCACGGAGAAGCCGGGCAUUGAGAUUAGUAAAGUGCCACCUCCCAUCCCUGGUGGGGGCAAGCAGCUGCCCCCAAGCUAUGGGACAUAUCCAAGUCCUACGCCUCUGGGUCCAGGGUCAACAAGUUCUCUAGAGCGGAAGAAAGAAGGAAGCUUGCCCAGACCUGGUGCAGGCCUGCCAAGUCGCCAGAAGCCCACUCCACUGCCCCCGGCAGCCAGCACCCCCCAGCCAGGCUCCUCACAACAGAUUCAACAGAGGAUUUCUGUGCCGCCAAGUCCCACGUACCCGCCAGUGGGGCCACCUGCAUUUCCAGCCGGGGACAGCAAACCUGAACUCCCACUGACAGUGGCCAUUAGGCCUUUUCUGGCUGAUAAAGGGUCAAGGCCACAGUCUCCCAGGAAAGGCCCGCAGACAGUAAAUUCAAGCUCCAUAUACUCUGUGUACCUCCAACAGGCCACACCACCUAAGAAUUACCAGCCACCAGUGCACAGCACCUUGAAUAAGUCAGUUAAAGCAGUAUAUGGUAAACCCGUUUUACCAUCGGGUUCAACAUCUCCAUCGCCAUUACCAUUUCUUCAUGGGUCCCUGUCCACAAGCACGUCGCAGCCUCAGCCAUCUUUAGAAUCUGCUGACAAAGAGGCAGAGCAGGAUGGCCAUGCCCCACCUACAGAUGGCAGCACUGUGGAGAGCCUGCCACGGCCACUCAGCCCCACCAAGCUCACGCCCAUCGUGCACUCUCCACUGCGCUACCAGAGCGACGCUGACCUGGAGGCCCUCCGCAGGAAGCUGGCCAAUGCACCCCGGCCCCUAAAGAAGCGCAGCUCCAUCACAGAGCCCGAGGGCCCUGGUGGGCCAAACAUCCAGAAGCUGCUGUACCAGCGCUUCAAUACCCUGGCUGGUGGCAUGGAGGGCACCCCUUUCUACCAGCCCAGCCCCUCACAGGACUUCAUAGGCACCUUGGCUGAUGUGGACAAUGGAAAUACCAAUGCCAAUGGAAACCUGGAAGAGCCCACCCCUCCACAGCCCACUGCCCCACUCUCUGAUGAGCCUGCCCCUUCAUCAGAUGCCAAUGACAAUGAGUUACCUUCCCCUGAGCCAGAGGAGCUCAUCUGUCCCCAAACCACUCACCAAACUGCUGAGCCUGCAGAGGACAAUAACAACAACGUGGCCACAGUCCCUUCCACAGAACAGGUCCCAAGUCCUGUGGCUGAGGCACCAUCGCCAGGGGAAGAGCAAGUUCCUCCACCAUCUCUUCCCCUUGUUGUACACCCUCCUGCAGCCUCCACGAGCAAACGAACCAACCUGAAGAAGCCCAACUCUGAGCGAACAGGGCAUGGCCUGAGGGUCCGGUUUAACCCCCUGGCACUGCUCCUAGAUGCUUCUCUGGAGGGAGAGUUUGACCUGGUGCAAAGGGUCAUCUAUGAGGUGGAGGAUCCCAGCAAGCCCAACGAUGAAGGGAUCACGCCCUUGCACAAUGCCGUCUGUGCUGGUCACCAUCACAUCGUGAAGUUUCUGCUAGACUUCGGGGUCAACGUAAAUGCUGCUGACAGUGAUGGAUGGACACCACUGCAUUGUGCUGCUUCCUGUAACAGUGUUCACCUCUGCAAACAGCUGGUGGAGAGUGGCGCUGCCAUAUUUGCCUCAACCAUCAGUGACAUUGAAACUGCUGCAGACAAGUGUGAAGAGAUGGAGGAAGGCUAUAUUCAGUGCUCCCAGUUUCUGUAUGGAGUGCAAGAGAAGCUGGGUGUGAUGAACAAAGGCGUGGUGUAUGCUUUGUGGGACUAUGAGCCCCAGAAUAGUGACGAGCUGUCCUUCCAUGAAGGGGAUGCCCUCACCAUCCUGAGGCGCAAGGAUGAAAGUGAGACCGACUGGUGGUGGGCUCGCCUUGGUGACCGGGAGGGCUACGUGCCCAAAAACCUGCUGGGGUUGUAUCCACGGAUCAAACCCCGACAGCGAACACUCGCCUGAGCUUCCCUUCGAGCACUGCAAUGUGUUGCCAGCCACUAGGAGCCACUGAAGAGAUUAUUCCGUGUCCCCAGGAAAGCCGAAGCUAGAAACGGUUUUAAUGGUGCUCACUUUAGCAGAUGGCGUCCACAAUGUGAAUCCCUGCAGUUCUAGGUGAGGCCCUUAUUCCAGUUUGCCUGUAACUGGGAGAGGUUACCUCCAAGAGGACUGAAUUUUGCCAAUUACUGGAAACCCAAAUAAAUACCCAGCUUUCAAAA